AUGGGGAAGCGUAGUUCUCAGCGUAAGAAUGCGGCGAUGUUGGACAGCGAUGAUGAUAAUAGUAGUGAGAGUUCAACGUCGACCGUUCGCUCUGAUCGUAUGUCAGUGGCCGGGAAUGAAGAAAUGCAAGUGGAUAAGGAUAGUUUACUGGACCAAGCUGUAGAUGCUUUGUUUGAGAAGAGGGGUUCCACAAGAGAAAAAGCUCUGUCAUCAAUUAUUGAAGCGUUUAAUAGCAACUUACAGCAUCAGUUUGUGGAAAAGAAAUUUGCAACUUUAUUGCAUCAGUGUCUGAAUUGCAUAAAAAAGGGUUCGUCCAAAGAGAUAUGUUUGGCGUCUCAUGUGAUUGGACUAUUGGCUUUGACUGUCGGAUGUGGGGACAAUGCUAAUGAAAUACUGGAGGAUUCACUACCUGUGAUUUCACAGGCUUUCAAAUCAGGAUCUGAAGCAACAAAGACAUCCGCGUUACUGGAGUGUUUAGCUAUUAUCACUUUUGUUGGUGGUAGUGACCCAGAGCAAACAGAAAAAUCAAUGCAAGUUAUGUGGCAAGUGGUUCAUCCGAAACUGAGUUCCAAUGUAGUUGCAGUCAAACCCUCCGCCCCUGUAAUAACCACCAUGGUGUCUGCAUGGUCCUUUCUUCUUACGACUAUGGAUGGGUGGAAUCUUAAUCCCAAAGAUUGGCAAGAGUCCAUAUCAUACUUAUCUAGUCUGCUAGACAAGGAUGACCGGUCUAUACGGAUAGCUGCUGGUGAAGCUUUGGCUUUAAUUUUUGAGCUAGGAAUUUUAGAGAAGUUCUCUGCGGGAGCUAAAAUUUCAAGUGAUAGCUCAACUGAAGAAGGAAAUAAACCUCGGGAAUAUGUACAUAUACAAGGACUAAAGGCAAAAAUUAUUAAUCAAGCCAGAAACCUUUCAGCUGAGGCAGGUGGUAAAAGUUCUGCUAAAAAAGAUCUUAGCAACCAGCGGAAUACGUUUCGGGAUAUCUUGGAAUAUUUUGAGGAUGGUUAUUCUCCUGAAAUUUCAAUAAAGAUUGGUAGUGAAUCGCUACAGACAUCGACAUGGGCACAGAUGAUACAGUUGAACUUUUUGAAGCACUUUCUUGGAGGAGGUUUUAUCAAGCACAUGCAGGAAAACGAACUCCUUCAGGAUGUUUUUGGAUUCACUCCAAAGAAAAAGUAUCUUUCAGAUUCUGAACAUCGUCUAUCCAGUAGUGAAAAGAGGCUGUUUAGAUCACCAAACUCAGUUGUCAACAAAGCAAGGACCCAGCAACUUAACAAACAGCGAAUGUUAUCAGAGGGUAAAAAUAUUGGCCGCUUUGCAGCUAAUAUGGGGGAUGAUGCGUAG